AUGAUGCAAAUAAUGUCCGAAAAGUUUGAUUUCGAUGACUAUGUGUUGCGGCUAUUGUUGGCCAAAGAGUCGCCCGAUUAUCUUCGAAAGCGGAUCCAAACGGACAUCGAGUCGACCCGAAAGCGUUUGGCCGAAGAGUUGCAGUCGUUUGACAUCGAUUUGAAUGAAUUGAACACUAAUUACAAUAAAUUGAUUGCAUAUAAGAAAGAGAUGACUGGUUUGGAGAGCGAAUUGAAUGCAUUCCUCGACAGCGAUUUGGUCACAGAAGUCAAUGACUUGAGACACGUUUGUCGGCAACACAACGACCGACAGAUGCGAUCGAAAUCGGUGUCCGACUUCACCGAUCAGUUGAAACAAAUCUAUGACGAAAUGCAAUCAAUAGACCACUCGUUUAGUAUCAACUCCUAUGACAUGGCAUUUAAACACAUGGAUAAUGUGUCGCUUCUUUACAAACAGCUGAUCCCUGCCAUUGAGUCUAACGAUGACUUAAAGCCACUCUCGAAAGAGUUGACAACAUUUUUGCACUCAAUUCGCAGUGAUUUAGUGGUGAAGAGAGAGGAACUGAUUUAUAACACGAAAACAAUGUUUAACUCAAACGUUAAGGCAUUUAAGGAUGAGUUUAACAGCGAAUAUAGUAGUGAAUACAAGAACUUCAUUAAAGCAUUCGUUGAGAUCAGAGAAAAUGAGGGCAUUUUGAGAGAAUUGAUUAAAAGUUUGAAUCAGUUUUUCAUAAUUACAAUUCUCAACGAAGACGUGAAUCAAAUUGUUUUAGAAGACAAUAAGAUAAUUGCUGUCCAUUCGAAGAGUGUCACCACUUCCUCGACUCCACUAUCGCUUUUGAAGUUGUUUUUUGAUUACACGAGUCAAAUCAUAACCGAUAAGAACGGUAUACCAGAGGGAAGACAAUUGUUGCGACUUUUGGGACAGUUCUGGACGGAAGACAUAUUCGAUCAGAUCUUGAAAUACUAUUUGAAUCGUUUAAUGCCGAAGAAUGAGUCAGAAAUCAAGUCAUACCUAUCGCUUGUCGACUCUGCCGAAGAUAUUCGACAUUUUCUUAUAGAAUUGUGUUUUAUAGACGACAACACAAACUCUCCGUUUAUAGAGUUUGCACUCAAUAUAAACUCUCACUUCUGUCGCAGACUUUGCACCGAUUUCUUGAUUGAGUCCAAAAUGAUUAUAUGCCGUGAUUUGCAUCAAACAGUGAACGUGGGAUCCGAUGAGAAUCCCACAGAAAACUCGUUGCCUUCCUGUAGAGUCAGUGAAUUCAUUGUACAAUUGAAACAAUUGAUGGAAAAGAUUAGCGAACUCUGUUCCCAGUGCUCGACCGACUGUUCCCAUGCGUUGAUACAGACAAUGGCAGACAUAUGCGAACUCUUUAUAGAUAUUAGUCCUGUAUUUCAUAAUAAAAUGAUUACUCAAUUUCCGCAACAAAACGCUAUUUUCCACAAUAAUUGCAUGUUUUUCGCCAAUUUUAUUGAAUCGUUUGCAUUGAAACACAAAUCGCAUAAUGUUUUCAACGAAUUUGUGGCUCUUUUGCGAGAACUCGGUUCCCAUGUGUUUCUCCAACAAAUGAGAUCUCAAGAGAAGACUAUCUUAGAGUUGAUUCAAAGCCAACAAUUCUCUCAUUGUAUUAACGAUAUGGUGAACGAAGACUCCAACACUACUUUUGGCGACCAAUUAUCUAAAGAGUUUCGACACAUUCUUAAGCAAUGUUUAGUUCAUUUCAAUUUCUUAAGGCAAACACUGGUCGAUGUUUUGCCUCAAAGAGCCAAUUUGUUGGAAAUAGUGAACCGAUGGGCCGAUGGAUACGGAAUAUUGGCCGCAGAGUUCACCGCACAGGACGUCAAACAACUCAUUCGUGUAUUGUUUCAAAACACCGAACGUAGGGCUCAGGCGCUCAACAGAAUUAUAUCUCAUUAAUUUUGACUGUUUUUUGUUUAAAACCAAAGUUAAUUUUAAUGCAUU